UGCUAAACAUAUCAUCAUUUAAAGACUAUUUGGUCAAUAUUUGAAGCCGUAUAUAUCCUAAAGAUAAAAUGUCGGACGACGAGAGAACUGAUGCCGUUGAAUCGGCUCCCGUUGCCGAAGAACCACUACAAAGGCUUCUACACUUGGCCAUGGCAAACGGAUGCUUGUUACGUGGUAUCCACCAAGUGACCAAGGCUAUUGAGGCCAAAAAUGCUAGAGCAUGCGUAGUUUCUACACAAACAAGUGAAGAAGCUUACUUGAAGCUAAUCAGAGCCCUGUGCAAGGAACACGGAGUGCCUUGCAUAGAAACCGAAUUCGACUCGGAAAAAAUCGGAGAGUGGGCCGGACUCUGCAAAUACGAUAUUGAAGGUGUCGCACGCAAAAUCGUAGGGGCAACAAGUGUCGCAAUUACAAACAACUUCGACGAAAAAAGUGAAAGCGCCGAGGAAAUGAUAAGCCUAAUCAAGUCAUUGGCCUAAAACACA